CCUAGGCAUUUUAUCUCCUGCUCAAUUGGCUUCGCGUUACGCCCCUUCACCCUUCUUCUCGUUCGGCCGUCAAAGUUCUCCGAAGCCAUCCUGGUUCGAACCAACUCCGUGGUCUCUCCUCACUUCACAUCAAGAUGACUGAAUCUCCAUUCAGGCCACGGGAGAAGCUUCUUGAGAAGCAGAGAUUCUUCCAGAGCAUCCACAAACACACUUACCUCAAAGGACCAUUUGACAAGAUCACCUCUGUUGCAAUUCCUCUUGCCUUGGCCGCGAGCUCGCUCUACAUGAUUGGAACCGGGAUCUAUAACAUGUCUCAUGGCAUUGGGAAGAAGGAAUAAGUCUCUCUUGUUUUGUUUUGUUUUUUGGUUUCUCUAUGAAUGUGUGGCUCCGUAUGUGGUGCCGGUUUUAAUGUUAGCACUCAAUGCUCUUGAAGUUUCUUUGGUUGUGUCUGUGUUUCCCAAAUAAUUGCUUGGUUGCAGACAAUGCCGAAAGCUGAAGAUAUUUGAUGUCAUCUCCGUAUCUUGAUUUGGUUUACACUUGAACAGAAGCUCGUGGGGUUUCUUGAAAUAUAUGUCAGAAAGGCUUGUUGUCGCUUUUCUUUUUUAUA